GAGAGAUCGAGCAUCAGUAUUAGUGGGGGGGAUGUAAGGUAUUCACUGGAGAGGAGGGGGAGGAGCCUCGUAUUAAACUCAGCCAAUCAAAUUGCAGUGAAGCAGAGCCGAGCAUCAUUUCAUUGAAUCUCCUCCGUCAGCUGAGCUGUAAUUCUCUUUUUCUGCUUCAUAUUCUUCUGCUGGAGUAUUUGAUGUCACAGGAACAAAGGAUGAGAUCACAGCUGCUUUUUUCUUCUUUUUAACUUUGUCAUAUUUAUGUCAUUCUCUUCAUUCCUGGGCUUGGCUUUGUCUUAUUUUUGUGGAGAAAGACACGUUUCUCGCUCGGAUGAGGUGACCGGUAUGCUGUGGUGCUCUUUCAGUCUGUGAACCGUUAACAAACGGCACCGGCGAGAGAAGAGGAAGAAGAGGAAGAGGGGGAAGGGAGAAUUCAUAGGGCACCUGUUCCUCUGCUAUGAUCCAGCAUCAUGGAUAUUAAUCUUCAGUCUCAUCGUUUCUUUUUCCCUCAGAUCUACUGUGAGCCCAGUAUUCAGUUCAAUGAGAUCAAAUUCAGUGAACAGAGUAUAUGUCAAGCCCGAGCCUCUGUCAUGGUCUAUGAUGACUCCAGUAAGAAGUGGGUACCCAUUAAAGCCGGUCAGCAGGGAUUCAGUCGAAUCAACAUCUACCACAACACAACCAAUAACACUUUCCGUGUGGUGGGUGUCAAACUUCAAGACCAGCAGGUGGUCAUCAACUAUUCUAUAGUUAAGGGACUCAAGUACAACCAGGCCACACCCACUUUCCAUCAGUGGCGUGACGCCCGGCAGGUGUACGGACUCAACUUCGCCAGUAAAGAGGAGGCCACCACUUUCUCCAAUGCGAUGCUCUUCGCUCUCAAUGUCCUCAGCAGCCAAGAUGGAGGUCCAGCUGUUCAGCGCCAAGUACAGAAUGGACCCAGCACAGAUGAUCUGGAGGUGCAGAGAAGACAAAUGGACAUUCAGCAGCAACAGAUGCAGGCUCAUAUUGAGAGAGAAAGGCGCUCAUCCAACUCAGGUUCCCCCUUUCAGGGAGCUCCUGCUGUUCUGUCCGUAGCUCCGCCCUGCACAGUGCCACCUCCUCUGUCGAUGGGCGGACCCUGCCCUCCUCCCCCACCCCCUCCUGGACCUCCCCCUCCCUCCGCAGGAGCUCCUCCACCUCCCUCAUCAGGAGCUCCUCCCCCUCCACCACCUCCUUUACCUGUGGUUGGAUACGGAGCGUCUCGGGAGGACGGUCAAGCUGCUACGUGUCUGGCGGCCAUGAUCGCUGGAGCCAAACUGCGGCGCGUGCAAAGGCCUGAGGAAAACUCUGUUUCCGGUGCCAAGAAUGAUGCCAACCGGUCCAGCGGAGGAAGUGGAGGUCUGAUGGAGGAGAUGAACGCUCUGCUCGCACGCAGACGAAAAGCAGUAGAUGAGAGGAAAGAUGGAGACAGUCAGAAUGAUGAUCCAAACUCGUCGUCACCGAUGUCUCGCGGGCAGAACGAUGGUGUAAAGAAGCCGUGGGAUCGUGCCAACUCUUCAGAGAGAUCUUCAUUGGUUUCCAGGGUUCGACCUGUAGGAAGCAUGAAUGAGUCGGACACUUUAGACUUUGACCGAAUGAAGCAGGAGAUCUUAGAAGAAGUGGUUCGUGAACUUCACAAAGUGAAAGAUGAAAUCAUUGUGGCCAUUAGACAUGAACUCAGUAGAAUUAGCACAACAUAAUGUCCAUUCCUGUAUACGUCAUCUUUUCUGGACCCAAACCCGUGGCAGAAUCUGCUGUAGCUGAUGAAAGUCCAUCAACGUUACUGCCAUCUUAAAGCAGACGGGGGAGUUUUGCUCUAACAUGACUGAAACGUUGUGUUUGCCCUGAACUUUGAUGUAUUAUAUGGGCUGAACUCUUGCACUGAUGUUUUAAAUGAUCUUUGAUGACC